CGGUCGGUCGGUUGUCUUGUGUCCAGCAGGCGGCGCUGUUUCCAUUCCUCACCCGGUGUGAUGCUCGUCUUGUCCACGGCUGCGCUGAAAGAAACUCGACCCUCAAACCCGGAUGUAACCAACGCCUAACCUGCCAGAAGAAAAACGAUGCAGACUAUAAAAUGUGUAGUGGUUGGAGACGGUGCAGUAGGAAAGACCUGCUUACUGAUCUCCUACACAACCAACAAGUUCCCCUCAGAAUAUGUGCCCACGGUUUUUGACAAUUAUGCAGUGACAGUGAUGAUCGGGGGAGAGCCCUAUACGCUCGGACUUUUUGACACAGCAGGUCAGGAGGAUUAUGACAGGCUGCGUCCUCUCAGUUAUCCACAGACGGACGUGUUCCUUGUAUGUUUCUCUGUCGUCUCCCCCUCAUCUUUUGAAAACGUCAAAGAGAAGUGGGUUCCUGAGAUUACUCACCACUGCCCACGCACACCCUUCCUGUUAGUGGGCACACAGAUGGACCUGCGGGAAGACAGCAACACAGUUGAGAAGCUGGCAAAGAACAAACAGCGGCCCCUGUACCCCGAGAGUGGAGAGAAACUGGCACGCGAGCUCAAGGCGGUCAAAUACGUGGAGUGCUCUGCUCUGACACAGCGAGGGCUGAAGAAUGUGUUUGACGAGGCCAUCCUGGCAGCCUUGGAGCCUCCAGAGACCAAAACCAAGAGAAAGUGCCUCCUGCUAUAAGAUGAACAACGGCAACGAGAGACGUAAUGGUGUAAGGCAUAGGUGGGGUGAAUCAAAAUACCAGAGAGAUCGAUGGCCAUUAUGAGAGAAGAAAAAAAAAGGACAAAACAAAAGGGGGAAAGGAGGUACAAUGCCAUUGAGACUUAUUCUAAUUGACACGUACACUGAUUGUGCCUUCAAUAUAAACUUUGAAAGUGGCUGAGGCAGCAUAAUUCUCAGCAUGCAGUAAAUGCGGUCAGUGUCGUCCAUCUCUUUUUCUGAAAGCUUUUUAAAAAAACAAACUGCAGUGUUCUCUCUACAAACAUUCAGGUGGGGCGGGCCCCCCCUGCCUGUCACUGUAAAGAAAGAUUCAUUUAUAUAGUUGCCUUUGGCCUCCUCUGUGUUUUACUUCUUUUGUUCAUUUCGGGGCUUUUGAACACUUUAGUUACAUUUAACAUUAGGUUUUUUAGUGAACUUUGGUUAGUACAUUUAAAGGGGCAACUUAAUGUUAAAUGCUACUCUGUAUUCUUUCUUUUGUGACCCUUGUUGAUUGAAUGAGGAAAGCACAAGAGAUUUUAUUUUCACUCCAAACAAAGGUAGCUCUCUGAAAUGAUUACUUUCUUCCUUUUGUGGGAGGUCAAGUGCAUUUUCACCAAUUUCCCUUCUCCUGAUGACUUAUGAGUUUUUAUUUUAUUCUCCUCUUGUUUAUACUGUGUUAAUUCUGUGACUUUAUUUUGGGAUUUUAUUUUGCAGUUAUUCAUUUUGAAACUUGACUUUUUAUUUUAUCCAGAUUUUUUUUUAUUUCUAGAAAAAACAACCAUAACUUUGAGUGAUUGAUAACAAAUUAAGUUGCAAUAUUUUCAAUAGAUCUUAAUCUUGAUUGAGAUUGAGAUUAUAAACUUUGAUAGUAAAUGUCUGGGUGUUUGUAAUCACAGGAUAUUUUUAAUAAAAAUGGUUUCAUGACA